AUGGUAAAUAGGAACCAAAAUGUUGAUAAUGUCAUACAGCAAAUUCGACAUGAUGAUAUGGCAGUAGAUAACAAUCUAGCAGCUAUGGUCGAGAGGAUUAUGGCAUUAAAUAGGGUAAAGUUUGGCCUUCAAAGGCCAAAUUAUACAUCACCUUUGUCGGAAUAUAUCCUACAGACAGUUACAUCCCCUAGAACGAAAAUUCCCAAAUUUACUAAGUUUUCGGGGGAUACCACUGAAUCCACUAUCAAACAUGUGGCUAGGUAUAUAAUAGAGGCAGGAGACAUUACGAACAACGAAAGCCUUAGGGUAAACUACUUUCCAAGUUAUCUCACGAAGAAUGCCUUCACACGGUUCACAAGCUUGCCACAAAAUUCGAUCCACACUUGGAAUCACUUGGAAAAAAUGUUCUAUGAGCAAUUUUACAUGGGGAAAACGAAGAUAAGUCUGAAGGAAUUGCCCAGUAUUAAAUGGAAAUUUACUGAGCCAAUUGAUGAUUAUCUAAAUAGAUUUCGAUUGCUCAAAGCCAUGUGUUUUACACAGGAAAAGUUAGACACCCAAUAUUUAAGAGAUAUAGCCCAACUGGCUAAUAGGGUUCGACAGUUAGAACGCUUGAAGGAAGAAAAGGUUAGGGCAAAUAAGAGUAAAAAAGUAGCCUACGUCGAAUUCAAUAAUGAUGAUGAAGGAUCCAAUAAUAAGCCUUUAGACUUCAACAAAAAUGAGAUCGACCUUGCUGAGUUAAAACAAGGGCCACCUUACUUUUGUAAGGUCUUGGCCCCGUUGAAUGGGAAAAACCCUAUCGAACCAAUAAAGAAUGAUAAAUUUCCUAAGAAAACUUACACACUCUACGUUACAAAAUGUGACGAAAUCUUUGAUUUGUUAGUUAAGGAUGGUCAAAUGAUAGUGCCUCCUGAUGCUAAAAUGCCUCCUUUGGAAUAA